AUGUUUCGCGACCUCGCGAGCAAGCUCUACUCCGCGCGCGGGCCCGCGUCGACGACGACGCGACGCGACGACGCCGACGCAUCGCGCCGACGCGCCGCGUCAGCACCGCGCGGAUCGACCGCCGACGCCGCCGACGACGCGUCGCGCGCGCCGUCGACGUUCGCCGAUCGAUGGAUGAUGUCGUGGACGGACGAAGACGUCACGUUUCUCGGCGAGGACCCCUACGGGGACUGCGCCGGGAACGUGUUCGCGGCGGCGGCGGCGGAGGCGAGGCGACGACGCGCGAGCGUCGACGAGACGCGCGAGCCGAGGGCGAGCGGCGACGAGGACGCGGCGUCGAGACGCGCGUCGAUGGACGACGCGCGAGGCGCGACGGCGAGCGCGGAGGCGAAGGCGCGGGCGUUUUGGCGGAUCGGGCCGACGUAGCGCUCGUGAGGCGCGACGGAACGAACGAACGAACGAACGAACGAACGAAUGAAUGAAUGACGCAUGCGUCGGAACGAAUCGUCGAACGACGUUGUAACAACAGUUUUCUCACUUUAACG